AUGACCGGCGACAUCAGCUCGCCCGAUGCGGACACGGCCUCGGCGAUCGCUGGGGCAGCGUCGUCCGCAUCCGUGGUUUCGGCUUCGUCUUCGUCAGCAUCGUCGACACCUGCAGAAUCGGAACCAUCAGUUAACCAGAAGCUUUUCCUCGUCGUCAGUGUUGCACUUGCAACAGUCUGCUUCUUCACCAACGUUGUGCAGGUGGCAGUGUUUGCUCGGCCCUCGGCCGUUCGAUCUGUGAAGAGCAUCCUGCUGCUGUCGCAGGCCCUCAGCGGUUUAGUGGCAGCGUUCGUCGUGGCCUUCCCGAUACACGUCAUCUCUGCCAGGGGAGGAUCAGUGGUUGGCGACGAGGGAUACGCUGCUUGUUACCUGGGCCACUCAACCGUAAUCCUGCUGACUGCUCUCACCUCCCUAGGCACCUCCACGCUCCUCCUCCUCCACCAUUACAUGAAACUCAACCAUCCUAGAAGAUUCAUGACCGCCGGCAGCAACACAAUAGGCUGGAGCAUGGCUGUCGGUGCCGUAUGGCUGGUGGCGAUAGUGGUCUCUAUUCUUCCCUACGCCGGUUGGAAUUCCUGGGAAGAUCAUGAUUCUCACUGCCAUCUCUCGACUCUAUGGCCAUUGUCCUUCACUGCAUUCCUGACCUUCUUGGUUGGAGGUCAUGUGGCUGCAGCCUUGCUAAUGUGGGCCUCGACUCGCGCCACACAACUAAAGGCUAUGAGUACUCGACGAGGAAAUGCUCCGCCCUCUGCUUGUCCGGACCAAGAAGAGGCACCCAUCGCUAAUCAUGUCCUAGCAGCUAAUAACCGAAGCAGCGGAAAUGUGUGCGUGGGCGGCUGGUGUGUCAGCGUGGCAUCUCUCCUGCCCAUUCUUGCCCAUGUUGUUGUGGCAUCGUCUUGUGCUGCUUCAGCCCGAUGUCAAGCCAAUCCUCAGCACUACCACGAAGAGGCCGCUUCAUUGCCAUGGCUGUCGUUGUUACUUGCUGCAGCUGCCGUAACUAACCCGCUCCUCUACGUGUUCACCGAUGACCAGGUGUCUUCUUCAACGCUGUUGCUGCUGUCGCAGGUGUGCUGUUGGUGGUGCGAAAGACGCAAGCAGCGUCUCAUCCCCCGCCAGCAGGAACCCCACGACGCAGAGACGAAUGUCUACGUCACCAACGACACGGACCACCUAGUGUCAGACAACACAUAAACAGCAAUCCUGAUGUUUUUACAUUUACUUUCUCUCCUUAUGUUUCGUAAUGUCACGUGAGGUACUAGCGUUAAAAAAAAAAAGGAAAAAAAAAACUGUGUAACGAUAAUCGUUCUCUCCUACGCACAAUUCUCUUCUACACAAUCGUUGAUGAAUGUAGUAAAAUAUAUAUAAAUAUAUGAAUAUAUCAUUAUGAAAAAUAUUGCUAUAUUAAAUGUUGAAUGGGUUCUUGAUGUAGUAGCUGGUUGUACCUUUGAUAUAUUUGGUUCAUUUCAUUAAGUUAUGUUGACUAAUUCAUCUCACAAGUAAUUCUGCUUGCUGAUUGUAACGAAAUUUAAGCUAUAUAUAUAUAUAUAU